AUGGCGAAUAAUGUACAAAUUUUCAUUGGCAAAAUAUUUUGCAUUUUUCAGAAGGCAAUAGUUCUCACAGGAGGGUAUAACUAUGCUGGAAUAAAAGGAGAUAUGAGGGUAUAUCAACCUUUCGUUGAAUUUGAUGAUGAAUAUUCCACUACCAGACUCAGCCUCAUAAGCGGCCCUUGGUAUGAUUUUGAGUGCGUUCAAGCUGGUUGGGCGGUGAACCCUAGAACGUAUGGAGACAGGGAGACAAGAUUAUUUGCUUAUUGGACAGCCGAUGCAUCGAAUAGAACCGGGUGUUUCGAUAUGACUUGCCCUGGAUUUGUUCAGACCAGCCAUGAAAUUGCACUUGGAGCAGUACUUUCUCCAAUCUCAGUCAUCAAAGGGCUUCCAUGGCAGAUGAACCUCUUUAUAUUUAAGGAUCCGAAAACAAACAAUCUAUGGAUUCGAUACGAGGAAAGAAUCAACAUAGGGUAUUGGCCACCGGAGCUGUUCGGAUCACUGUGUCAUGGUGCAGCAGCAGCUGAGUGGGGUGGAGAGGUGUUCAGCUCGAAGCUAGAGCGAGCUCCACAUACAGGAACACACAUGGGGAAUGGACGUUUUCCGGAUUGGGCGAUGGGGAAUUCGGGUUAUUUCAAGAGGAUGAGAAUCCUGGAUAUCUCACUCAACUUGAAGUUACCGGACUGGAUGAUGAGUUAUCAAGAUGAGUACUGGUGUUAUCGAAGUGAUUAUGUUUCGGAUUACAUUGUGGACCCUGAGUUUUAUUUUGGAGGCCCUGGAAGAAAUGAUAUGUGUCCUUGA